AUGUCCGUCAAGUUGAGAUGUUUGGGUGCCGCGCUUGCCUUCCUGUGCGCUAUGUCGCAAAUCGGGUUGGUCCUCGCUACGUUUGGAAAAGAACACGUUCAUAUCAGAAUACACGUGCCUGAACCACAUAAAGAAGUGUUAGUUCACGACGAUGGUGGACAUGGCGGUGAUUUCGGUGGACAUGGUGGACCAGACUUCGGAGGACACGGAGGAGGUGGCGGCGGAGGAGGUGGAGGUCCUGCUAUUGUUAAGGUUAUUGAGAGUCAUCACCAUGUAGGAGGAGGUGGCGGCGGUGGUCACGGAGGCGGUGGAGGAGGAGGAGGACACAUCAUUGAAGAUCAUGGUGGUAAUGGACUUGGACACGGAGGAGGAUUCGGCGGUGGUUUCGGCGGAGGUCAUGGAGGAGGAUUCGGAGGUGGUCAUGUCGAAGUUCACGGCGGCGGAAUCGGAGGAGGAUUCGGAGGUGGACACGGUGGCGGAGGUGGACACGGUGGCGGAUUCGGAGGAGGUGGACAUGUUGAAGUUCAUGGCGGAGGAUUUGGAGGUGGACACGGAGGAGGAUUUGGAGGUGGCCAUGGAGGUGGCAUAGGAGGAGGAUUCGGAGGAGGUCACGGAGGAGGAUUCGGCGGUGGACACGGAGGAGGAUUCGGAGGUGGUCAUGAUGAAAUUCAUGGUGGCGGAGGAGGAGGUGGUCACAUUGAAGUUCAUGGUGGCGGAUUUGGAGGAGGACAUGGAGGUGGAAUAGGAGGAUUCGGAGGCGGUCAUGAUGAAAUCCACGGAGGUGGUCAUGGAGGAGGAGGAGGCGGUGGUCACGUUGAAGUUCACGGAGGUGGAAUCGGUGGAGGAUUCGGAGGUGGACACGGAGGUGGAGAUGAUGGUGGUCAUGGCGGCGGCUUCGGAGGUGGACACGUCGAAAUUCACGGAGGUGGUGGAGGAGGCGGAUACGGAGGUGGAUUUGGAGGUGGACACGGUGAUAUUGGAGGAGGAUUUGGAGGUGGACAUGGAGGCGGUGGACACGGUGACAUCGGUGGAGGAUUUGGAGGUGGACAUGGAGGCGGAGACAUUGGAGGAGGAUUCGGAGGUGGACAUGGAGGCGGUGGACACGGUGGAGGCGGUGGAAUCAUCGUUGAGGGUGAAAUCUCAGGUGGACACGGAGGAGGAUUUGGAGGUAGCGGACACGGAGGUGGUUUCGGAGGCAGUGGACACGGAGGAGGAUUUGGAGGUAGUGGACACGGAGGAGGAUUUGGAAGCAGUGGACACGGAGGAGGAUUCGGAGGUAGCGGUCACGGAGGUGGAUUCGGAGGCGGAUUUGGCGGUGGACACGGAGGAGGUGGAGGACAUACCCAAAUCGAAGAACACGUGAUCAUUGCUAACGGCGGAGGCGGUGGUCAUGGAGGUGGCAUCGGAGGUGGUCACGGAGGUGGAGGAGGCGGCGGUUUCGGAGGCGGCCACAUCGAGUCAAACCACGUCGAAGCUCACGGCGGAGGCGGUGGUGGAGGUGGAGGAGGAAGUGGAUACGGAGGCGGCUCAGGACUCGACCAAGGAAAUGGACACGCGUGGACAGGACUGUUAACAAACAGCGGUCAUUAA